GGUUAGAGAGAAGAUAUUGAACGAAUUCGAAGGGCUUUAGUCUAGAGAGAUGAUAGUGAUUUAUGUUUUUACUGGCUAGGUUAACCAUUUGAAUCCGAUCACUUGGGAUUGAUUGAGAGGAAUCCGAAGAAGAUGCGGUGGUACUUCGUUGCCGCACUUCUCACUGUACUAACUAGUUCUCAGGGAAUUCUUACAACACUUUCACAAAGUAAUGGAGGUUACAAGUAUGAUUACGCAACCGUUCCAUUUCUUGCUGAACUUUUCAAGCUUGCAGUUUCUGGUUUGCUUCUUUGGAAGGAGUUACAAGGACCAUCUGUCACGAGUAUGACAACAGAAUGGAAGACCAUCCGCUUAUAUCCCAUUCCUUCAAUAAUAUAUCUGAUACAUAACAAUGUUCAGUUUGCUACACUGACUUAUGUGGAUACAUCAACAUAUCAGAUAAUGGGAAAUCUCAAGAUUGUUACCACUGGCAUAUUGUUCAGGCUAUUCCUCGGGAGGAAAUUAUCACAUCUGCAGUGGAUGGCAAUUGUUCUAUUGGCUAUUGGAACAACCACUAGCCAGAUAAAAGGAUGUGGGGAGUCUUCAUGUAACUCUGUCUUUUCAGCACCUAUACAGGGUUAUAUGUUUGGUGUCCUAUCUGCUUGUCUAUCAGCACUGGCAGGAGUUUAUACAGAGUUUCUGAUGAAGAAGAACAAUGACAGUUUGUACUGGCAAAAUGUACAACUCUAUACGUUUGGUGUGAUUUUCAACAUGGGAAAACUUAUUUUAGACGAUGUAAGAGGUGGGCUUGAAAAUGGACCUUGGUGGCAACGCCUUUUCAAUGGCUACAGUAUUACAACAUGGAUGGUGGUAUUAAAUUUAGGAUCUACUGGAUUGUUGGUCUCUUGGCUGAUGAAAUAUGCUGACAACAUUGUAAAGGUAUAUUCAACAUCUAUGGCAAUGCUGCUGACGAUGGUUUUCUCCAUAUAUCUCUUCAACUUCAAGCCAACAUUACAGCUUUUCCUUGGUAUUAUGAUAUGCAUGAUGUCUCUCCAUAUGUAUUUUGCUCCUCCAAAUACUCUCAUGGGUUUACCACCUUCUUCAGAGAAACCAAAUUCUGAUGGUCUAAAAGAAAUUAACAUUGAAAGAAGGGCCAACUCUUGAUGCGAUAAUGUUUUUUUUUAUUUUUUUGUGAUUUACUUUGCGGAAAAUUGUUAUGACAAGAAACGGGGGGUCGCGAUGUCUGUCUCUCGCCUACGUGGGUAAAUUGGCAUCACAAAUGAAGAGACAGCAGCUGUUUAGAAAUGGCUAUUGAGAGUCACGAAGUUGUCUCAUGAUGAUAUUAAAUGCUAUGAUGAAUAAUUGAAUUCAAUAUGGUGGUCUAGAUUCAUUUGGGGUAGGGUAUACUCUUACAGUAGUAGGUUUAUUGUCUUACAUUUACUGUGCCCUUAUUUUCAUUCCAGUUUUAACUUGAAUGUUCUAGCCCUUUGAAAUGGGGGCGUUUUUAGUGUUGAUUUAUUUGAGCUUGUUUGAUUGA